AUGGUUUCUAGUAACAUAGACUUGGGUAUCCUUUUCCUUAUUCAGACUGGAGCUGGGAUCCUUGGAAACUCCUCACUUCUCUGUCUUUAUACCUUUACUUUGAUCACUAGGCACAUGCUGAAACCCACAGACUUGAUUCUCAACCACCUAGCCAUAGCGAACAACUUGGUUCUUCUUUAUAAAGGAAUUCCUCAGAUACUGGCGACAUUUGGGUUAAGAUCUUUUCUGGAUGAUGCUGGAUGUAAACUUGUCUUUUACUUACACCGAGUGGCCAGAGGGGUUUCCCUUACUACCACGUGCUUCCUGAGUGUUUUCCAGGCCAUUAAGCUCAACCCCAAUAUCCCAAAGUGGAUGGAACUCAAUAUUAGAUCCCAAAAGUACAUUGGCUUUUGCUGUUCCCUCUGCUGGAUCUUGCAUUUCCUAUUAAAUAUCUUUAUUGCUAUGAUUGUUACUGGACCAAGAAAGAGCAAAAACGUAAGUAUGGAGAAAGAUUACGGGUUCUGUAAUUCACCUAUUCCAGACAGAUCUGUGGUCAUAUUACAUGCGGUCUUGUUCUCCUUCACUGAUGUUGUGUGUGUGGCCCUCAUGGUCUGUGCCAGUGGCUCCAUGGUCUUUGUCCUGCGCAGGCACAAAAAGCGAGUCCAACACAUUCACAGUGGCAGCUUUACUCCCAGAUCUUCGUAUGAGGUGAGAGCCACGAGCACCAUCCUGAUCCUCGUGAGCCUCUUUGUGUCUUUUUAUUCUCUCUCUUCCAUUCUGUCUUUUCUGGUAACCCUGAGUGUGAACCCAAGUAGCUGGCUCUUGGUCACCUCCAUGCUAACAACUUCAGGCUUCCCAACAUUCUGCCCCCUUUUGCUCCUUGCCAGGGACGCCCGUGUGUUUCAGUUCUGUUCUGCCUGUUGGGGAAAAAUAAUUUUCUAA